AUGGAACGCACGUCAGACUUCAACGGGAGACUCCUGGUCAUAGGCGGGAAGAAGUUACUGCUCUUCGAGCUGACAAGCAAAGAGUUCCAAAGAAAACACCGCAAGAAGUUGAGGAAGCAGGAAAGCAGGCGAAGUACAUCCGGGAAGUAUAAGGCGAAAGCAGACGCAAAAGAUCACCCCGUAUGUAACACUCUUUCCCGGCAACCAUUGAUGACCGAUACAUUGCCCUCCGAUCGAUUCUGUCAGACGAAUGACGAAGGCACGCAGCAUCUCAUAGGGGAUGCAUACGGCCGGCUUGCUAUGCUUUCCCUUGAUUCGCUACAUGACCAAGGGUUGAUCCUUGUCCCUCUAGGCGAGGUAUAUUUCGAGUCACCGCGGCUCAUUUCAUCGCUCUUGUACUCGCUCAUAACUCGAAUUUAUAGACCUAUCCAGCCACGACGCUAA